UAGCGAAUCGCAACGCGGACGCGGCACGGGCCUCGCUUCUCCGCGAAACGCACGCGUUUCCCACCCCCAAGGGCCCCCUCCCACUCGUCUCGACUCUCGUAGGGUUCCGGCACCGACCGCCGGCGGCGUGGUCCCAGAUCCGACAGCGUGGCGGCUUCCCCUCCCAUCCCGGCGGGCGGGCGCGUGGCCCUGCGGCGCCGGCUCCAGCACGGCCUCCUCGCGCGCGGCCGCGCCGUGCCCGCGCGCACCAGGCGUCGGCUGCUGCGGCGGGAAGGACGCCCGCCCGGCGCCUUUCUCUCCCGGCCGACGGGCGGCCUCCGGUGCCUCGCUCUCCGAGAUGAAGCCCAGGAACGGGGGCUGCAGCGGCUGCUUCUCAUCGAAUCCUCCUGUGGGAGGUUGCUGCUGCUGCCGGUCUCAGCAUCAGUGCCACGCCGGCGACCCCAAGAUGGAAAAAAAGCCUGCAAAGGUUCAGGCGAAAUGGGAUCCUUUCGCCGCCAAGCAUUUCAACGAAAUCUGCGUGGAAGAAGUUCUCGCGCACAACAGGCCGCACCAAUGCUUGAACAGUCUGGGCUACGCGAAUCUCGUAAGGAAAUUCAAGGAACGUACGAACAGGUCGUACACCCAGGAGCAGAUGAAGAACAGGUGGGAUUCGUUGAAGAAGAAAUAUACCCACUGGAAGACUCUCAACGUGAGAGCUGCUGGGUUCGGGAGGAAUCCUCUGACUGGGUGUAUCAUAGCCGGUGAUGAUUGGUGGGAAGAGCAAAAUGCGGCUAUCCCAGGUUGUGCAACUUUCAAGACUUCACCACUUGAGCAUGAGGACUUGCUGCAGAUCAUGUUUGAAGCUACUAGUGUUACAAAUGAGACCGCAUAUGUUCCUGGAUGUGAUGAUGAUGAUGCUCAUGAGGGUGAUGGUCAAGGAGAGGGUGAUGUUGAUGGAGAGGGUGGUCAUGAGGGUGAUGGCGAGGAUGUGAGCGGCACGCUUUUGGUCACACCCAGUUCUGGUAUGUGUGGUAUGGAGAAAAGGCCAGCACCCAAUUUCUUACCCAAGGGAAAGAAGAAGAAGACUUUUAGAGAUCAAUGUCUGAAGCGGCUGGUGGAUGCAUAUGAGUUGAGGGCCCAAAGCAGUAAAAAUUCAGCAACUUCACAAGUGGUUGAUCAUGUUAGAAUUGAGAUUGCAACUAUGUUGGAUCAAGUUAUUAAGGAUGGGGCUGAAGAAGGGAGUGAUGAGCACUACUAUGCCACCCAACUUCUUAGAAAAAAGGAGUAUCGCGAUGUGUUCAUAACUUUGAAGACAACAAAUGGGAGGUUGAAUUGGCUGAGGAGGGCAUGGCAAGACAGGGAGAGGCAUUAGUGGUGUUGUGUUCAACUAUGUGCAUUCACCCUUAGAAAUUUGAUUGAGCGUUCAAUUGGAGUUCUAAAGAUGAAGUGGCGCAUUCUCUUGGAAGCUAUGCAAUUUGGAAGCAGUAACAAAUUGUAACUGUGUGUGUGGUUCUUCGUAAUUUCAUUAGAGACAAUGCCAUGCAUGAUGUAGAUUUUGAGAUUUUGCGCCUGAGGAAGGUGCUUGUGCUAACCAAGGAAGCAUAGGGGAUAGUAGUGUUUCAUGGGAUGCUAUCAAUAUGGGUGCUUUUGUGAUGCUAUUGCCUCUGCUAUGGUUGUGUGAUUAUUGUACCUAUCAGUAUCUUUUCUUUGGACUCGAGUGAAUGAAAUUGGUGCUUCUUUUGCUAGUUU